CGCGGGAGCUGAGAAGUGAAGGGUUGAUUACGUCCGGGAGAGAAAAUUGCCCCCAGGUUCUCCUUGGGAGAGUGGUGCUGCUCCCCCCACGAGCUUCCCGUCCUAAUCUCCUGCUACUUUGGGGUGCCUCUCUGCCUCCUAGGUGACCAGGUUCCCAGUUUCAGGUAAGAUGACAGAGGAACUGGAUCUCACGGCACAGGACUCUGAUGCGGGCAGUGAAGAAGUGGUCCUAACUCCUGCAGAGCUCAUUGAAAAGCUGGAGCAGGCCUGGAUGAAUGAAAAGUUUGCCCCUGAUCUGCUGGAAAGCAAGCCUGAAAUUAUAGAAUGUGUCAUGGAACAACUAGAUCACAUGGAAGAAAAUCUCAAGAGAGCAAAGAAGGGGGAUCUGAAGGUCAGUAUCCAUCGAAUGGAGAUGGAGAGGAUCCGCUAUGUCCUUAGCAGCUACUUGCGGUGUCGGCUCAUGAAGAUAGAGAAGUUUUUUCCUCAUAUCCUUGAGAAGGAGAAAACACGCCAUGAGGGGGACCCUUCUAGCCUUUCUCCGGAAGAGUUUGCCUUUGCCAAAGAGUACAUGACUAACACAGAGACCUACCUAAAGAAUGUUGCCUUAAAACACAUGCCUCCUAAUUUACAAAAAGUGGACCUCUUGAGGUCAGUUCCCAAGCCGGAUCUAGAUUCAUACGUGUUUUUGAGAGUGAAAGAACGACAAGAAAACAUAUUGGUAGAGCCAGAAACAGACGAGCAGAGGGAUUAUGUGAUUGACUUGGAGGAAGGCUCGCAGCACUUGAUCCGAUAUAAAACCAUUGCACCUCUGGUUGCUUCUGGAGCAGUACAGCUAAUUUAAAACCAAAAAUGAACAAGGAAGAAUGAAGACAUGGAACCUGAGAGAAAAUAUUUAGAUACCCCUCAUAUCACUUUGUGCCUAAAGACAAGAGACUUUUCUCAGCAGUGCUGUGGAUCAUUUGGGCCCUGAGAAGGUGCUCAGGGCAGAUUCCUAACUGGCUGCGUGUCCUAACUUUCCGCUGUUUUAGCCAGAACCAGCAGAUGGGGCCCUUACUCUGUUGAUUCUGCACGCUGGGCGGUUACAUGGAGACUUUCGCUUUGUGCGCCUCCCCUUGGUGGUUAUUUUUUGAACUAAGGAAAGUGAGGCGAAGGUAGUUCAUACAGAGAUAUCACUGCCUGUGAUUAGGAGACAGUCAUUAGCCCUGACCUGAUACUGGCAGGAGAGUUCAUUUAACCAUCCUAGUAGGAAGAGUCUAAAUAGGUUAAGGAAAACAACUGCAGUCUUCUUCUAUGCCGUGUCACUAACUUGUGUAAACUAACCUUUUGGAAGUUCUGAAUAGGACUUAAAACCAACUCCUCUCAUGCUUAACUGGGAGUCACAACUAAACCAAUAACCAUUAUUAAGUUUCAGUUUUGUGGCAGAAAAAACCUCGGGAGAGUUGUUGACUUGUAGUCUAAUGCAGUAUGUCCUCCCUGCUGCUGACCUGCAGCCUUCCCUGAAUCUCAGAGCGUGGCCAAGCCAGCCUCCAUGCCAUCUGGCCAUCCUUUUCCAGAGCUCUUAGCACAGCAACAUUGAUAUCCUAUAUUGUGACCUCAGUAGCAACUUUUCUUUUUUAAGCACUUCGCUUUCUCAAGGGAAAUGGAUGAAAUUAAACUAAUGUGUGAAUAGAGACUAUCACCAAUACCCAAAGGAGGGAUGUGAACAGUGAAUGAACCAUCUUUCUUUCAAACAUAACAAGCAGCCUGGAUUCCAGUCUUUUCUUGCUUAAUAAAAAGGCAGGAGAUUUUCACUUACACGUCAUAGGCUGUAGAGUAAUUGAUGUAAUAUUGUUGUCAUUUCCAAGAGAAAUCGCUAGAUGAAAGCAAGGAAGGUUUUAUGCAUUUUAUAUUCAUAUAGUACCAUUUUUUUUCAAGAGUACUUUUACCUUCUUUAGCCAUUCAUCUAAUAAAUAUGUAUUGAGCAUUCAGUGUGACAGGCACAGUUCAAGGCACUGAGACACCAACCCAGAGUAAGAUAAUAAGUGUGCCUACUCACGUGGUGAUAAGUGCCUGGCAGAGAAUUUGGACAGGUUGACUCACCGGGGAGUGACUAGAUUGGGUAGUCUGAGAGGUUCUCACUGAGUUCAGUGAAUCUCACUGUAUUAGGCUGGGAUCUGAAGAACCAAGAAGGAGCGAGAUACACAGAGAUCAAAAGGAAGAGCAUUCAAGGCAGAGAAAGCAGCCUGUGCAAAGGCCCUGAAGUAGAAACGAGCUCUGCCUGCUGUCAGUGUGGCUAGAAAGCAAUGAGCAACUUGGAAAAUGGUACAGGAUAAGGUCUGAGAGGCGGGCUGAGCCCAGAUCACUUCCAGCUUUGUUAGCAAGGACCCCGUUUGGUCCUCACAGCAGUGCUAGCAGUAGGCAGGGCUGGUAGUAUGUAAUAAGUGGGAAACAAAGCGGAUAUUCAGUGACAAGUCUUAAGACUGGAGCCUCCAUUUCCUUCCUCCUAGUCACAAGUACGCAUGCAUUUCCUCCAUCGUGCUGCUGAGCGGCCAGGAGAGGGAUGAGGGCUAUCACGCUGUUGUAAGUGCUUCCUAAGCCUUACUGUGCACUCCAAUUGCCUGGAGAUCUUGUUCAGGUGCAGAUUCUGAUUCAGGAGUUCUGGGUUGGGCCCAGCAUUCUGCAGAGAUCCCAGGCUGUGCAGUUGCUGCUGACCCAAGGACCACACUUCAAGUGGCCGGGCUCACAUCUUCAUGUUGCCAGCGCCUGUCCUGUGCAUGCCAGGCUACAUGGAGGAGUUCAGGGUCUCUACUAAAACCACAGAAUAAAUUGUCCCAUUUGCUGGUCACCUCUUCAAAGGAAGACUGGUUUAAGUAUUAGUGUGUCAUUUUAAAAUAAAGGGGAAAUUGAAUUUCAAAACCAAGUAGAAAGGGAAGUACUGUGGAUUAGUGUGAUGUGAACUUUUUCAGUUUGUGGUAUUUUGUUUUAUUGUGAAAAACUCAACACUGGAAGCAUGACAACACAUUUUCUUCACAUAGUUGCAUCAUACUUUGUCAUAAGCUUGUCGCCCCAAAUGGCUAUUCCUGAAACAUGCUUACAGGUUCAUAUCUGGGUUUUCCGAGCUGCAGGAAUCAUGUAUCAGCUGUGACUUUGCAACAAGACCCCACAGAUUUGUGUUUAAUCUGUGCCCAGGUCCCAGCAGGCACUGAGGCUGUAGUGCCAUCCUUGUAUGCAUCGAACUUCCUUCUGUGAUCUUCAUGAGUCAAAGCUUUCAGAGUGAAUUGUUAAGCAAGCACAUUAUCAAUUUUUCAUGUAAUGCUCUUUAAGUAAUUUAUCAUGGAAGGCUAAACAUUUCAAACAUUUGGAAUUCUUCAAGAAUUGAUUUUUUUCCUUUUUUUGUGUUGUGAGAUAAGUGCCAUCUUAGCCAUUUUUAAGUGUACAGUUCAGUGGUAUUAAAUACAUUCACAGUUGUGUAACCAUCACCACCAUCCAUCCCCAUAACUCUUUUCAUCUUGUAAAUUUGAAACUCUUUACCUAUUAAACAAUUUUCCAUUUCCCCUACCC